AUGAAGCUUGCUUUCGUCUAUCUGCUAGUCAACCUGAGUUUCUGUCUGGCUGUGCCGGAAUUUUCCCUUGCGCCAUCUUGUGAUAAUGACGGUGAUUUUCGUCGUCGAGAUGGUAUCAUUGGCCAGAUACUAGAUGCCAUUGGACUUGCAAGAAAUGCACACAGAAUCCUCACUGACCAUAUUGAUGACAAAUAUGUACUGGACAUGACCAAGGCAAUGCUGGGCAACUCGGAUUUCCAAGCCAAACUUGACAAAGUCAAAGAAAACUUUAAAGGGAUUUCGGAAAUUUCCGAGACACCAUCGCAAUUCAUGCCACUCGAUGAGGGGCUUUUUGGUGUGACGGUUCGCGAUUUCCUCAAGCAAGGACGCAGUGUCAAAGCUAUGACGACCCCCUCCCAUGUUGUCGACUGGAGGAGUUUCACACGUGAUCGUGAAAACGGAGCAAAGGUAAAGAAAACGGAUCCACAAUAUAGAAUGAUGAGACGCGACUCGAAUGAUAUCGACCUUUGCAAGUGGUUCGUCGAGACCGCGGACCAGCAAGGAUGGCCGAAGAUUGAUAAGGCUCGCGUCGACAAGGCCAGCACUACCGAGUUCCGCGAGGGUCUUAUCCAUCCCACUGUUCCAAUCGACGGUGUGAAGACUCUCGGAAGUACCGUACUGCACGAGGUCAGAAAUUUCCAUGAAUACUCGGUCCAGAUGAAUUAA